AUGGGAGACAAGAAGGAAGAAGAUACGUCUGAGACAAAGAUGAAGGAGACCGGACCAUCCUCCAUUAAGUGCCCGAUGUUAACAGCUGCAAAUUAUACAGUGUGGUCAAUGCGUAUGAAGAUAGCCCUAAAGGUCAAUAAGGUGUGGGAGACAGUAGAGGAAGGAAUAAAAGACGAAGAUAAGAAUAAUAUGGCAAUGGCUCUGUUGUUUCAAUCCAUUCCGGAAGCAUUGAUCUUACAUAUAGGAGAGCUUGAUAAUUCAAAGGCUGUAUGGGAUGCUAUAAAGGCGAGACACGUGGGUGCUGAUCUAGUACAAGAAUCUAGAUUGCAGACCCUAAUGGCGGAAUUUGACAGAAUCAAGAUGAAGGAGACAGAUACUAUUGAUGUCUUUGUGGGAAAGCUUUCAGAGAUUACAUCUAAAUCAGCAGCACUUGGAGAAACCAUUGACGAGCCAAAACUCGUAAAGAAGUUUCUGAAAAGCUUACCACGAAAGAGGUACAUCCAUAUCAUUGCAGCACUUGAACAGGUUAUCGAUCUCAAUACAACUAGUUUUGAGGAUAUAGUAGGAAGGCUCUAA